AUGUUGCUGAGGAAACAAUGUCGUCCCCAACAACUUAGCUUGAUAUGCCUGAAGCACUGGCGACGGCGACGUAUUUACCUUUUGGCUUUCGUCCUCCUGGCUUUGGCAGCGAAGUUUCAGAGACUCUUUGCGACACCCAGAUGGAUGCGAAAACCACGUAGGAAGUAUGAUCACAAAUUGAAAUUCAAGACAACAAAAGGCGAUCGAAGAGACAAGAAAAGUCGGGUUUUGUAUAUUCCUACAUCACUAUCUGAAUAUGACAACGGAAGGCGAAAUACACUUGAAGGGUUUGACAGAUUUCAGGAAACCUUGGUUCCUGUGGUAUCUGAGAGUGUCAACUCGAUGCUUCACGCUGGGUUCAAAGUUGACGUUUACCUGAUUGCCCAUUACAAUGUGACACGAUCCCAUCUACUUCGUCAAGCACUACCGGAUAGUGUGGGUCUACAACUCUGGGAAGAUGCCUCUCCACUUGGAUAUCGACUGGAAGAAAAGCAAGAAAGAUCCAAAAUGGGAAAGCUACUGGCCAUCGGUGACAUUACCAGGGCUUUGGCACGACAACAUCGAUUCGUCAUCAAGGAUAAGCUCCCUUACUACGACAUGUUUGUCUCCUUUGAAGAUGACAUGCUCAUCAAGGCGGAUGCUAUCAUUCACUGGAUGAACAUGACAGAUGAACUGUACCGGUUACGGGAUCUGGCACCUGACAUAAAAAAGGACAACAACUACAAUCAAGAGUGGGACGAAUUCUAUGGGAUAUUGAGCAAACGACAAUUGAGCCAACUGAUUCCUGGGUUUAUUCGCGUAGAAUCGCUAUUGGACCCAUCUCUACUGCGACGCAAGAACUGGUUGCCAGAAGGAUUGAUCCCUGUCUCUUCCGAUCGUCCCGACUUGGACCCCGAGCCGUGUUGCUGGCUUAAUGCCUCCCAGUUGGCUAGUCCUAGUCGCCCCAUGUACCCUGACUCGGACGAACUUUAUAUUUGGGAAACCAACGUUCGUGCCUUGGGAAUACGCAAGAUGCCAUUAGCGUCCAUCUUUGAUUGGGUUGUAUUGCAAAGAGGACGUCGCACCUUGAUUCCCGACAAGGCGCAACAGCAGUGGGUUCAAAUUGAUGUGGAGAUUGGAGACUACUGGGCGGGUCGGAAUGGAAAUUUUGAGGUAGGAUAUGGUCGACCAGAUACCAAGCAGUUUGUGUAUUUGAACAAUCAGGGUGGUUGGAUGGCCACCCGCCAGCAACUCUGGGAAUGGCACACGGACUUUUGCCAAGGUGGCUUUUUGCCUCCCUUUGAAUCACCUCAUUAUAAUUUGGAUGGAUUGGAUAUGCGCAAUGUCGAAUACUGGAGUGGAGGCUUGAAUAUUUUCACCCUUGAACAUGGAUGCAACCUGCAGCGGAUCAUUAGUUUGGAUCCCGAUCGUUUUGCCGCCCAGUUGCUGUAUCACACUUCCAACAACAAGCAACGGCACUUGACAGGAGCCAAGCAAAUCAAAUUUACAAAUGUCAAUGACUUUUUGGGGCAACUACACACUGUUCGCAAUAAUGCCAAAGCCGAAAUGGCUCGUCGGUUGGAAGCUUUGCGAAAAAAACAAGACGAGCGGCUACAGACCUAG